CGAUUUUUCGAGAGUCGACUUUGGGAUUCCUAUUCGAUUCUUCCUUCUGGGACAGAAAUUAAAACCAUGGCUUCUUUAAUGAACGCAUAUAAAUUUGUUCAAAGGCUGGCUGCCCAAAAUCCAGCUGUGCUGCGUCAAGCAGCCAGAACGAUGGCCGGUUGGAAUAAGGAUUACAAACCUGCCCCAUAUCCCAAAACUGAAGCCGAGCGUGAAGCUGCUGCCAAGAAAUAUUACUUACUGCCAGAGGAGUACAAACCCUAUGCUGAUAAUGGUUUGGGCUAUGGUGAUUAUCCCGAACUAAAGGGAGGUUUGGGCAUUGAGGCUCGUGACCCCUUUUAUCCAUAUGAUUUUCCAGAGUUAAAGCGUAACUUGCAUGAAACUUUCCAUGCUAAUGCGGAUUUAUACAGUGAGGAUCGUUGGUCCCAGGCCAGUCCACCCCGUUUUGCCAAUAGUACCUAUUGGCUUGGCUUUUUGGGUUGCAUGACUGGAUGUUUGGUUGUAUACUAUUGGUUAGAGAACUAUCGUAUGUAUCGUCCCGUAGCUGCUAAGCAAUAUCCCGGUGAUGGUCAGAAACAUUAUACCUUCGAGAGAAAUUAAAGGAAAUUAAAAAAAAAUUGUUGCAACAAAGAAAUAGGUUGAAAUUUAAAAUAAAUAUUAUAAAAUAAACAAAAGUAUGUAAUUUGAAAA